UAAAAAAUGAAGAAGAAGAACACAAUUUCCCGGUUAAUUUGCUAUGAACAGAAACGAAUUGUAUUUUCAUUAAACUCUGCUAUAAAGUGCUUAAGUUAUUCAUCGAUAAAUAUUCAUAUAUUAGUUUUAUUCCUUAACAAUGCUAUCUCGAAGCAAUUCGGUCUACGAGGAUUUAUCCAGCAAAUUUCGUCUUACUUCUUUCGAUUAUCACAAACAAUAUUCACACUUUUAUGCUCAUCGAUUAAGAGAGAUGACAUCUCUCCUUUUGCCACUAGUGGAGGAACAUUGGAGCAACAAUUACACCGUAAAGAAACUUUGUGAUUUGCGUGAGGAGCAAACAGAAACGUGUAUUAUUAUAGGUACAAUUUACAAACAUCAAGCUCAUAAGCCAAGUAUAUUGCGUGAAAUUUCUGAGGAGAACCAACUUGCCCCGCAGCCACCUCGUGAACAUUAUGCCGAACUUGAAGAUAAGUUAAUUCUUGAAGAUGAACUCCAACGAGUGCGUUUAUAUGGUAAAGUUGAUGGUCGUUUGAUGGCGUCGGGUAUAGUUUGUGCUGUACUGGGAAGCAUUGAGGAAGAUGGUCGAUUCGACGUCGAAGAAAUGCUAUAUUAUGAGGCAGGCCCUCAAAAGCCUUUGUCCAAUAAAGGCUAUGGACGAAAAGUUGUUCUAUUAUCUGGUAUUAAUUGUACAGGUGUAGAUAACUGUAUCGACGCCCUUAACAUAUUUCAACAUUGGUUAUGUGGUAACAUGUUUAGAAAACCAAAUUCCCAAAUAGUUCGCGUUAUUGUGGCGGGAAAUUCAGUUGGCACAGCAGCAGAGGAAAUUCAAACUACAUCUUUACAAUCUCGCAACAACGAAAAUAAUGGAGCAGUAGAAGCAAUUCGCUCUAUUGACAAUUGGUUUGCUAGUUGGUCGAAAAGCGUAUCUAUGGACGUAAUGCCGGGAGCGCAUGAUCCAGCCAACUUCAUGUUGCCUCAACAACCAUUCCAUCAAUUUAUGUUCCCUAAGGCUUCACAGAGUGCUUCUUUUCGUAGUGUCCCUAACCCAUAUGCUUUUUCAUUGGAUAAUACUACAAUUGUGGGGUGUUCUGGACAGAAUAUAAAUGACUUGCUUAGAUGUACAAUGAUAGAGAAGCCGUUAGAAGCGCUACGAAGCACAUUAGUUUGGGGACAUUUAGCGCCAACAGCACCUGACACCCUUGCAUGUUACCCAUAUAUUGACACAGACCCUCUUAUUUUGCAAGAAUGUCCUCAUGUAUAUUUCGCUGGAAAUUGUGACGUAUUCGAAACCGACAUACACAAAGGCUCAAAAAAUCAAACCACGCGAUUAGUUUGUGUACCUAGCUUUUCGAAAACUCAGAGCAUUGCUGUAGUCGACUUGGAUACUUUGGAUUGUAUAGAAAUUAAAUUUAAGACAGAUAUAGAAUAA